GGCGCGGGGCGGGCUGGGGCGGGAAGCCCGCGCCCGCGCUGGACCCCGGCCAGGCCGCGCGGGGCCACAGCAAACAUGAAGGUCAUCACUUGUGAAAUAGCGUGGCAUAAUAAGGAGCCUGUUUACAGCUUAGACUUCCAACAUGGAGCUGAUGGGAAGAUCAAUCGACUGGCCUCAGCAGGUGUAGACACAGCUGUUCGUAUAUGGAAAGUGGAAAAAGGACCAGAUGGAAAAGCAAUUGUGGAAUUCUUGUCCAACCUCGCCCGCCAUACCAAAGCAGUAAAUGUUGUGCGCUUCUCUCCAAGUGGUGAGAUCCUAGCAUCUGGAGGAGAUGAUGCUGUUAUUUUAUUGUGGAAGCUGAAUGAUAGCAAAGAAUUGGAACCGUUAGUUUUUCAGGAUGAAGAUGAAGCUCAGCUCAACAAGGAGAACUGGACAGUUGUUAAAACUUUAAGAGGCCACUUAGAAGAUGUGUAUGAUAUUUGUUGGACCUCAGAUGGAAAUUACAUGGCAUCUGCCUCUGUAGAUAACACAGCUAUAAUGUGGGAUGUCAAUAAAGGACAGAAGGUUUCAAUAUUAAAUGAACACAAGAGUUAUGUCCAAGGAAUAACCUGGGAUCCUCUAAGCCAGUACAUUGCAACUCUGAGUUGUGAUAGGGUCCUACGGGUAUACAACACGCAAACCAAGCGUGUAGCAUUCAAUGUUACCAAGAUGCCAUCUGGAUCAGGAGCUGAAGGAGAGGCUAGGAGCUAUCGGAUGUUUCAUGAUGACAGCAUGAAGUCGUUUUUCCGCAGGCUCAGUUUUACUCCUGAUGGCUCCUAUUUACUCACUCCAGCUGGCUGUGUUGAAUCAGGAGAAAACGUAACAAACACCACCUAUGUUUUUUCCAGAAACAAUCUUAAAAGGCCUGUGGGUCACCUGCCAUGUCCUGGAAAGGCAACUCUUGCUGUUCGCUGCUGCCCAGUCUACUUUGAGUUGAGACGAGCAUCUAAUAAAGAUGAAAUCAGUCAGAAAUCAGCUCCCGCUCUAUUUGAUCUGCCCUAUCGAUUGGUGUUUGCUGUUGCUUCAGAAGAUUCUGUGCUUUUUUAUGAUACUGAGCAGUCCUUCCCCUUUGGUUAUGUUUCUAACAUACAUUAUCACACCCUGAGUGACGUUUCGUGGUCCAGCGAUGGAGCCUUUCUUGCUAUUUCUUCCACGGAUGGAUACUGUUCGUUUGUUACCUUUGAGAAGGAUGAACUGGGAAUACCAUUGAAGGAGAAGCCACAGAUAAAUGUCAGGACUUCUGGUGCAACAGAGAAGAAAGUGAAAAAGAGCCAGUCGCACAAAGUAACUUCCCCAGGCUCUAGGCUGACAGAGGGGACUCCUCCCAGCAGGGUCACUGACCCCAGCACUCCAGCCCCGCAACCUAGAACACCCACAGCUGCCGGUAAGGACUUUCCUUUCACACCUGUUGGAGUAAAAAAUAUUCCAGUCUCAUCCUCAGACGAGAGGAAAAUCAGCCAGUCAGCCAGCCAGAGCACUAAAGUAAACCAGCCCAGGAGGAUUACUCUCAACACUUUACAAGCAUGGAGCAAGACGCCAAGGAGAGUAAACUUGAUUCCACUGAAGCCAGAUGCGCCAACCUCUGCAUAUACAGAUACAGUUCCUAUACCUCCUUCGCCAGAACAGGAACAUGAGAGGCCAUUACCAUCUGAUGACAGUCUUCAAAACCCCCCAGCAUCGAAACGUCCUAGAACUGAGGAAAUGCCUCUUUCCACAUCUGCUGAAGAUCAAAUCAGCUGCAAUUCAAACAAAUAAAGUCUAAGCUUUUAGUAGACUCUUCACAGUCUGAAGGCAAUGCAGCCAUAUCUGAGACCGCAUUUCUUUUUACAAAUGUUAAAUCCUCAAUUCCUGAGUAAAGUACCAUGUGCAUAUUUGACAUAAUGCUGUGAAGAAAGAAACUGGCAGUAGAAGACACGCGUUUCAGGAAUGUAGCUUUUCAGAAGAGGAAAUAGUUGGGAAGUGACUUCUAAGUGUGUUUCUACUUCUUGAAGACAGAAUUCUUCAAGAAUUGCCACAGCUUAAAGAAGUCAGGAGACUCUGGGUACUGAAAAGCAAUACAGUAACCUAAGAGUCUCCAUCAAAGUCCCUAAGGUGAUGUUUAUAAGGUAUUAGGUCUUCCAGUAACCUCUCUGGCAAAAGAAUAGAAUUUCUAAGGACUUAAAUGCAUUCAUAAUGAUUUGAUGUGGUUUAAGACCAAAAAAAAAAAAAGAAACUGUUUCAUUCAGGCAUCUUGGCUUAUAUGUUUAGGAAUGUGCAAAAUAUUUCACGCUCUGCGGUACGGGUAGAGUGGAAGCUGAUGUUCGCAUGCUCUGAAUGCAUAACAUACAAUAUGACUGGUAUGAUUGAAACACAGAUCAGAACUUGUAACUGCAAUAAACAAGAAAGCAAAAGGAAGAAACUCUCUGAAGACCUGUCAUAAGCAAUAGCGGAAGAAAGUUCUUCAUUGUUUACUUUCUGUAUUUAAAAAAAAAUAUGCAGACAGGAAACUUUCUUAAGGCAGCAGGAUUUGAGUAUAUACAUCAGAAGUUUCCCUCUUUUCUUGUUUUCGAAUGUUGACUCCCUUAGCCAAUAAAAUGUAAUAUAAAUCAAGUGUAUGUUAAACUUCUAAAAGCAGAUUUCUUUUUAGCACUUAUUAUUUGCACUAAGCAUUUAGCAUUUAAUAAUUGAACUAAGACCUGCAGAUUGAAAACAAUGAGACCAAAAUAUUUGAAAAUCACUAGACUGGAUUUGCUAUGGUGUGCAGAAAUAUUAACAAAUAUCUAUUUCAGUGUUUCAGGCAAAUGAGUAUGUUGCCUAUAAUUAAAUUUCAACACAAAUUAAUAAGCAAAUAGUUAUAGGAAACUAACUGUAUCUUUGUUUUGAACCACUGAGAUGAGGAUGGAGCUUCAUUAGAUUUAGCCAAACCUGGGUUUUCUUCUUGUGAGGAAUAUAAAGUCUUAGUUACCAAGCAAAGCCACAUCUAAUGUACAGAUAUCUAAAUUAAAGUUCGUAGAGAGAUCUGAAUUGAUAGCUGAAGCAGAUAUUUGUAAAUAACAUGCAUUGCUGGACUUGCUAUUUUAUGUUUUGUCCAGUUUGAGCUCUAAGAAUGUUGGUAUUUCAUCUUUCUGUGGGACGGUGACCCACUUAGUACAGUACUGCAGUGUUUCAUUUUGUGCACUGCCAAGGAUCUUUUGAAUUCAAACUCACACUUCUAAAUACUAAUUGCAAAGUCAUCCUGGUAGGUAUUUUAAAAUAUUUUGUUUGGGUUGGUUGGUUUGGUUUUGUUUGGGGUUUUUUUUGUUGGUUUUUUUUUUUUAACACAACGUAUUUCAGUGUAAACUACUCUUUCUGUUGAAAACUAGCAGGUUGGGUAUGUUUAGUAUUAUUGGCAUUAUUGACAUUAUGGUCUCUGUGGUCUUCAGAGGCAAUUAAUUGCCAAAGUAUUUGUCUUUAUCUCAUACCAUAACCAUUCAGGUGACAUACAUGUUUGUUUAUAUGGUUGCUCAGCUUAUUUUUGCUCUGCCUUACAAUCUAAUUGGAGCUGUAAAGUUCAUGUGGCUUUCACUGAUGCGAUUGGGAGACUGUUUUCACAUUAUUAUCUCUUGUCAGAAUGCUCUACCUGAUAUUUUGUCUUCUUUAAUAGGAUUUUUUUUUUCUUUAGUUUUAGUUGUUUCUUGCCACUACGAUUUCCUACUUUUCUCCUGGGUUUAUUCUGUUACUUUGUAACAUUUAUGUGGCAGUAGAUUUUUAACCUUUUUCUAUAAAUGGAUG